AUGACUGCUGUGGCUUCACCACCUAGUGUACAGACGGGGCCUCGCUUGGGAUGGUAUGAUUCUGGUGACGGUGGACAAGGCUCUCUGUCUUCGAUGAACCCCGACGAGGUCUCCCGGAUGUUCAUGCCUCGAAAGACCUUGCACAGGUCCAAUUCUUCUUCUUCGAUAGGCUCCAACUCUUCUACGUCGACGAUCGCGGCAAGUCCGUCGAGUACCGAUGCAGGACAACCUGCUAACGGAGACCCUUCAACUACGUCGUCUAAAAAGAAAUCUUCGCGGAGUGUUUGGCCCAGUUCAAAGGCCGAACCGGUCUCCGGAAUAAGCACCGCGCGCUCGCAAGCGAAGCCAGCUUUCUUCUCCGGCGCGGGCGCCUCGUCUGCUAUGUCUGGCGUUCAGCAACCCCAAUCCAUCCUUCCAUCACAGCACCUCCUCCAGUCGUCUCAGCAGAAUGGCGUUCGCGCAGGGAGCACGCCUGCUGGAGAUCCUCCCGCAAUCUUGACCCUUCUUCCGCUCAAUGGCACUUUCGAAAAGAAGCAAAUCACCCUGCCGUACUUUCCUGAAACCCUGCGAAUCGGUCGGCAAACGAACGCCAAAACCGUACCUACAUCCAAGAAUGGUUUCUUCGAUUCGAAGGUGCUGUCCCGGCAGCAUGCCGAGGUUUGGGCGGACAGGGCAACUGGAAAGGUGUUGAUUCGAGAUGUCAAGUCGUCGAACGGGACUUUCCUCAACGGCCAACGGUUAUCUCCGGAAAAUCGUGACUCGGAAGCGCAUGAGAUUCGAGAAAAUGAUACCCUGGAACUAGGAAUUGACAUCGUCAGUGAGGAUCAGAAGACCGUAGUUCACCAUAAGGUUGCCGCCAAGGUCGAGCAUGCCGGUGUCUACGGUACCAUGCCAAACAUAUUCGAUCUUACCCUUGGCGAUCUGGAUCCAGCUUCCGGGAAUGGACUUCUCCCUUCUCCUCUCAGUCAGCCAUUGAAUCACCUCCGAGGGCGGGCCGGCAGCGCGUCGAGUACGCGCAGCGCACAGAGUAACGCUAGCACUCAAUUUAGCGCAAUGCAGCAACAGCGCCAGAUGAACUACUGGAGCUCUCCUUUAUCCAUCGAACAGAUUGUUAAACGAUUGACUUCCGAAAUGAAACAAGCGAAACAGCAGCAACAAGAUCUUCGGCAGACUGACGAGUUCUUAUCCGGGCUCAUGAAGCCGGGUGUUGCAGACAAGGAGAAACCAAAACACUCGCCAGGUGACAGCAUUUCCUCACGUCAGGUCAACGGACGGCCGAAGAUGCCCCGUAUGGACUCGUUCUCGCGCUUCUCAGAACCCCCGGCGCCUCCACCUCAACAGCCUCUACCCGAAAAACCCGAUGCUCAGCUGCGGAGCGGCGUGGACGCGAUCUCUCCUCUAAAACGUGUCGAGACAGAAAAGCCAAAGUCGAGCGCUGGUAGCUCACCGGUGUCUCGAGAGUCUAGCCAGAUUCUCUCCCUUAUCGAAGCUUUGUCAUCUGCCAAAAGAGAGCUCGACACUCAAGGGGCUCGUGUCAAAGAGCUUGAGAAUCUACUCACGCAAGAACGCCAUGCUCGCGAGUCGGCCGAGGAGAAGGCCAAAUCAUUAGAACUUGUGUCAGCCAAGGGAUCGAACGGCCUAGCAGAUUCUGAUCAACAGGUUGAUGGAUUACCACAAAGCACAGCCGAAGAAGAGAGUGCCGAGAAAUCAGAUUCCGGAUCGGCACACGAAACUGCUGUACCGGAACCAGACCAUGCGCCGGCCGAAGACCAGACCGAAAAAUUACAGCGCAGGCUGGAAUCUAUGAUGGAGGAUAUGGAAGAGAUGAGAAAGCAGCUCUCGUCCUACAAAGAACGAGCGGAGAAAGCAGAGGCAGAGACUGGCGAAACCCGCAAAUCGCUGGCUGAGAUGAUUGAGACCCUGAGGAGGGAGCGUGCUGGCGCUCGCAAGCAGCGGUCACGGUCCCCCACACAGACCGCGAAGGCCACCGAUGAUUCGUCUUCACUGGAUGGCGAGUCUACCACUUCCCACAAAUCCGAGUCCGAUUCUCGACACAUUGCACCCCCGCCGUUCGCUGAAGGUACAGACACUGGGACGGCAUUCGCAACACAGCCCUCUAAACGUCUAGACGCCGCCUUCGAGGUCGGCAGUCCACUUGCAUCGAUGCUGGGGGUUGUGCUUCUUGGAGUUGGGUUGAUGGCGUAUCUGAACGGGUUGCAGAAGAUGGACAAGUAA